AUGAGUCGAGCAUCUACCUCGCCGUUCACGGAUCGCCGUCAACAGAUGACGCCUCCAUCAAGGUCAUCCUCCAUCGUAACCCCGCAGAAGAGAAAGAUCGAUGAGCUUCCAUCAAGGUCGUCCCCUGGCAUUACUCCGCAGAAGAGAAAGAUCGACGAGCUCAAACUCGGUGGCGAUGUUGUGCGCAUCUGGGUCGGCGAUAAUCGUGAUGAGUUCAUGAUCCAUGCCAAACGCCUUGGGGAGACCAGCUUCUUCGAUGUCCACGGCGCGCCGGGAGAUUACGACAUUGCCAAGCUCAAACCCAAUGGUACACAGCUCGUUCCCCUUGGUUCUGAGGUCGCAGUCAAAGACGAGAACGAUGUCAGUGUCGAAGUUCAAGCUGCAUCCGGCCCCAGACCCGACUAUCUUCUGGAUCCUGGAAACACGUACUCUGGUUCUGCUUUCGUCUAUGUCGCUCGAUACCUUUACAAGGAAGACAUCCCACUGAUCGGUGAUCGCACUGCAGUCAAGGUCGCGCUGUUCGCUUACCAGUACGCACGCACUUACAAGAUGUACGCGCUACAGAACGUCAUCGUCGAUCGCUUCCGCAAGCACUAUCUCUCCCACCACGUCCGCAUGGAUGAACUGACCUGGCUCACGAAGAAGUUUGGCGACGACGCGAACUCGACUCCGCUCACCCGCUACAUCUUGGAGCAGAUCGUACAUGACGUUGCGGCCCGUGGUUUCGUCGACUUCAAUAAUGACAACGAAUGGCUCGAGAAAUUCCAGAAAGAGGGCAAUCGCAAAAUGCGCUUCUCGAUGUUCCAAAUCCUCUCACGUCACGCCAGCGCUGCCCAACCAGGAUGUCGUGGACUCCAAGACCCGGCGGAGGAUCAUAAGGAGUGGAAGGUGGACAAGGACGGUUCCUUCGCCGAUGCACCGCAGAAUCUAGUGGAGGAGAUAUCCAACCUCGAACGGAUCUUCACCGUCGACGCAGCCAAGCUCAAGGAAAUCACAGAUCACUUCGUAAAAGAGCUCCAAAAAGGCCUCGAUGGCCCCGCCAACAUCCCCAUGAACGCCACCUGGGUGACCGGCUUCCCCACCGGCGACGAAACCGGCCGCUUCCUCGCCCUCGACAUGGGCGGCACCAACCUGCGCGUCUGCGAGAUCGAGCUCCCCGAAGAAAAAGGCGAGUUCGACAUAAUCCAAUCCAAAUACCGCAUGCCCGAAGAGCUCAAAACAGGCACCUCAGAAGAACUCUGGGAGUACAUCGCCGACUGCGUGCAACAAUUCAUCGAAUACCACCACGAGGAAGAAGACCUCGGCACCCUCCCCCUGGGCUUCACCUUCUCCUACCCCGCGACACAAGACUACAUCGACCACGGCGUCCUCCAACGCUGGACAAAAGGCUUCGACAUCGACGGCGUCGAAGGCCAAGACGUCGUCCCGCAAUUCGAAGCCGCCCUCAAGAAACGCGGCCUCCCCAUCACGGUCGCCGCCCUGAUCAACGACACGACCGGAACCCUCAUCGCAUCCGCCUACACCGACCAAGCCAUGAAAAACUGCGGCUCCAUCGGCAAACUCGCCCACCUCAACCUCCCGCCGGACAUGCCCAUGGCCAUCAACUGCGAGUACGGCGCCUUUGACAACGAGCACGUCGUCCUCCCGCUCAGCAAAUACGACGUCAUCAUCGACGAAUCGAGCCCGCGACCAGGCCAACAAGCAUUCGAGAAAAUGAUCGCCGGCCUCUACCUAGGCGAGAUCUUCCGCCUAGUCCUCGUCGACCUGCACGAGAACAAAAACCUCCUCUUCCAAAACCAAGACAUCUCCGCCCUCAAGAAACCCUAUACUCUAGACGCCUCCUUUUUGUCCUUCAUCGAAGAAGACCCCUUUGAGAACCUCCAGGAAACAGCCGACCACUUCCACACCCUCCUCAACCUCACCGCCUCCAAACCCGAGUUGGAACUUUGCCGGCGCUUGGCUGAGUUGAUUGGGACGCGCGCCGCGAGACUUAGUGCGUGUGGGGUAGCCGCUAUAUGCAAGAAGAAGGGGAUGGAGAGCUGUCAUGUGGGUGCGGAUGGGAGUGUGUUUAAUAAAUAUCCGCAUUUCAAGCAGAGGGGGGCGCAGGCGUUGAGGGAGAUACUUGAUUGGGACGACAAGGGUAUCAAGAAGAACAAAGAUCCUGUAGUUAUGAGCAGCGCAGAGGACGGUUCUGGCGUGGGUGCUGCGCUGAUUGCGGCGUUGACGAUUAACCGGAUCAAGGAAGGAAAUGUUUACGGAAUUCGGGAUACGAGUAAGUUUGAUUGUUUUACAAAGUCAUGA